GAAAAAAUAACUAAUAAUAAUUUACUGGUGCUUCAAUAGCGACUGAACGACGAACGACAAAAUAAUAAAAAAGACCGUGGUACAACAAACGCGACCGACGAACGAACGGCAACAAGAAAAAAAGGGGACGGCCCGAUAUCGCGACCGACAAGACAAAAAUAAUUAUAAUUAUAUAAUGUAUAAAUGAUAAUAAUUGCACGAAAUCAUAAUAAAUAAUUGAAUCACCAUAUACAUUUAAAUGGUAUAAUUCACAUACGAGUAAUGGACAACGAGGACGGGUGGAAAGAUUGGAACAGACGCAAUCGCCGCCAUGAGCGUGGAAUGGUGUGGUCGCACCUUCCAAAGUCCGACAGCACGGAUGGCAUAUAUUAAUUUGAUAAGCACGCGAACAGUCUUGGAAUAUCGGCGUGUAUUUAUUAUGGUUCAAGCAAUGGAUCAAUAUUACCAGUUGAUAACUUACCAGAAGCGUGCACAUCUUUUAUUUGGAACGGGUUGUUAGCAGAUGUUAGAAACAAUGUCAAUUACGGAUUCAAGAAUAAAUCAAAGGGAAACGAAUUGGAUCUACUUUUAAAAAGUAAUAAACCCGUGUACGUGUAUUAUGGUUAUAUAACUAUGGAAAUUUGGACUUACGUCCUCGGGUGUGCCGAUUGUAAUUGAGAAGCAUCCAUUCGUGAGUCAAUGAAAGGGUUAAAGGCUUAUAUGAAAGCUCAUCCGGGAAUCAAAGGAUUAAUUCUUUCUUAUCUUCAGUUAGAUAUUUGUACCCAUCCAGGUGAAGCAUGUAAUUUUUGUGUAGACAAUACAUUAUCGUUUUACCAAAAAGGAAAAUUUUUCAAGGAAAAUGCAGCAGGUUAUAUUGGGGUGUAUAUUGAUUAUGCUGAUCCUCAUUGUAAAUGUGGUUGUGGUCGUCCGUUUGCUCCAUUUUAUGACAUUUUAGAUGGUUUCAAAAGUAAUCAUGUUCCAGAUAAUUGUUCAAAAAUGAGCGGUUAAUAGCUUCAAAAUUGAAUUUGUUAAAGAUUUAUUAUAAAUUUACAAUUUUUAAUCAAAAGUAGAGAACGU